GUACCAUCUGGAAUUAUGGGAAACCGUCUUUAGCCGACGUGAAAAAGGAGCACUCAACAUCUGUUCAAGCGCCGGUUGGCGGAUGUCCUGUUGUAAGCGUCUUGGUGAACAAGUAUGACAUAAGGAAGGUGGUCGCGGUUGGAUCUUUGAUUGCCAGUGUCGGUCUUUUUCUUUCCUCGUUUUCCCAAAACUUGGAUACGAUGUUUAUCUUCUACAGCAUCGCAGGGGGUAUUGGUAUUGGUAUAAUCUACCAACCCGCGAUUGUGAUCAUUGGCGUACAUUUCGACAAACGACGAGCCUUAGCUACAGGAAUAGCUGUAAGUGGAGCCGGGGUCGGCGCCUUUGUAUUUGCACCAAUCACGGAGCUUCUUUUGGAAACAUAUGACUUGAGGGGAGCAAUGUGGAUCAUGUCCGCCAUAGUUCUGAACGGGGUUGUCAUCUCUGCUCUCUUUAUGCCACUAAGAACGAAUAUGAAGAGGAAUCUUACAAAACAAAAUCAGGCGAAUGAUCCGUGUGACACUGAAACCAACCAGAAAUACGACGGAUGUUAUAAACAGUUAUUCUUACCAAUGAAAAACAUGUUUGACUUUCCACUUCUUAAAAGCCCAACCAUGUUGUUGUAUGGAGCUUCCUGUCUGCUCGUCAUGUUAGGGUAUUAUGUCCCAUCGAAUUUCCUUCCUGUUUGGGCUAGUGAUGUCAACCUGUCUACCGAGGAGGGAGCAUUUCUGAUUUCAACCAUGGGCGUAUCCAACACGAUUGCGUGUGUUUUGAUUGGCUACAUCACAGACAAACCAUGGGCUAACUGUUUGGUUAUAAACAAUACUGCUCUACUGAUUGGCGGCCUGGCUACGUGUUUUGUACCAUUCUACACCACAUUUGAGACUCUUGUCACCUAUGCUGUUGUCUUUGGCAUACUUAUGGCGGUUGUAUCCCUCCUCGGAAGUAUCCUGAUGGCAGAACUAUUGGGUGUGCACAGACUCAACAGUUCCUUUGGGUUGAUCGGACUUAGUAUGGGUCUGUCGACGUUUGUUGGGUCGCCUAUAGCAGGAGCGUUGUCGGACAUCAGUGGCAACUACAAUGUGGCAUUCUACUUCGGUGGCAUCAAUAUUGUAUUAGGAGGUUUAAUUUGUCUGCCACUCAGACGAAUUUCAAACUGGGAACAAAGGCGGAGAAGAAGAAAGGAAUCAAGCUUCCGUGAUACAGAUUGCGACAAGAAAAACAACAACAAAACUGAUGCAAAAACAAUAUCUGCAAAGAAGGCGUUAUCCAUAUAUACACUAGCACAACAGCCAAUAUACACCACAAAAGAUGAGAACUGA